AUGCUCAAUGGUGAGAUAUUACAUAUGGAAGAUAAUGAUCUUCGUGAAGCCUUCACCCUGUUCGAUGUAAAUCGAGACGGUCGAAUAACUGAAACUGAAUUAGAAUCAGUCCUCGGUUUUCUCGGCGUGAAAACAACUCGAGAUGAAGUACGUCGGAUGAUUCGAGAUGCUGACUGUGAUGGUAAUGGAACAGUUGAAUUUGACGAAUUUCUGAGGAUGAUGAGAAGGUACUCUCAAAAUCAACGUUCAAAAUCCCCUGAUGAUGAACUUCGUGAUGCCUUCAACGUAUUUGAUCAGAAUGGUGAUUCUGUUAUCGAUUUUGGCGAAAUUAAGCGAACAAUGCACUUUUUAGGUGAAGCAGUUACAGACGAUGAAGUACGUGAAAUGAUCAAGGAGGCUGACUUAGAUCAAGAUGGUUUAGUUGAUUUCGAAGGUAAAGGACAUCUUACUAUAUAUUGCAUUUCAUUGAUAUAAGCAGACAUUUUGCGAAACCUAUCUACUUAUCUUGGUCACAUACCGGUGUCGUGCUUUGCUCUUUAGUUAUCCAUUGAGAUUACAAGGUUCUCAAUUUUUAGAGUUCUGGAUCUGGAUGGAUAAAUAGAUGCCUUUGACUGAAACUGGGUAUUCAUCAUCAGUUGGCACCUAGGAAGACGAUAAGAGUCGUGUUUUUUUAAUGAGAAGUCGUACAUUUCUUUACUGAGUCAAAAAAGAAGGAAGAUCUUAGUGAAGAAAUUCACUUUCCACAACAUCAUCCACAUAAACUGUGCAGUCCCACUCAAUUAUUCGGCAGUCACAUUUAUAUGUUAGUUGGAUGAAAGCCGUCGCAGGAAGCCUUGGAUCUAGGUUUUGUGCUUUUUGGCACUUGUCAGAAAGCCAAGUCUGUAACCUUGAGGGGUUGAUGUUCUGCCCGAGAUUGGAACCCGCGUCUCCCAGUGCUGCAGUCAGAGACGUUACCACUGAGCUAUUCGGCAGUGAUUGACCUCCUUUAAGACUGCAUUGUGUACAUCGAUUAGUUAUUGGAGAGUAAGUAACUUCAUUUUGUGCUGGUUGACUUCUAUCGCUGAUUCCGCAAAGUGGCCUCGAAGCUAGGAAGUUCUUGCUUGUUGGUACUACUCAGCAGGACUUGUCUGCAACCUCAAUUAAACCGAUGUCUCAUUUAUUGGUAAUCUGUUGGCUGCGAUAAAGAGCAGUGGUCACAACUAAAUAACCUUGAUCAAUAACACUGCGCAUAUGUUGACUAAUAUGAGGAUAGCUAUCGGUAACGUUCAUUUAUAGCGCUCACAACUCCAUUCUCGUACCGUUCAUCAAUUUUGUCUAGACAAUGGAUAACUUGAUUGAACGAAGUUGUAUUACUGAGGUGGAAAUGUGAAGUUUCAUCUUUAGGCUAAAUUCAUUACACAAUGAAAUCCUGACUAAGAAUGACAUUAGGUUAUAAGAAAUUUCUCGAAGUUGACUUUGGGACACUGAAGAUUUCGUGAUAAAUUUCCAAAUUGAGGUUAGAAGUGUUUAUUUGAUCUUGCUGAAACGAUUUAACUAGUAUUUAAUUACCAUUUAUAAUAAAUAUGAAUGAUAGUAAUAAUAAUGAUAAUAAUGAAUGGCAACAAUAAAUAAUUCUCCCUAUUCUCUUUUCUCUGUUUCACUUAUACACUUGAAGAAUUCAAAGUAUUAAUGAGAUUGCUACGAUCACGUGAUGGAAAGAAGAAGAAAACGAAAUAGAUAGCCUAUUUUCCUCACAUUAUUUCAGCUGUCGAAUAUACUGUACAUCUUUAUAUACAUAUGGCCAUUUAUACAUACUUUCACCAAUCAUCAGUGUAGUAACCUCGAUGUCAGCACCAGUAUCAGCUGUAGCAACAGUCAGUAGAGUGUGAUGUGUUUACAUCAACCAAAUGUUCAGUACACUAUCAAUAGCUGUGGUAAUAAAACAACCUCUAUGUCUCUCUUCGGUGUAUGUGUGUGUGUGCGUGUGUGUUUGAGCUGAUUGGAUUUUCUACUCUUGUACGUAUCUAUGCCUUUUGUUAUUGUAUUCAGGAUAAAACACCUGAGGGCACAAAUAAUUUAUGUGAUGAAGUCUUCAACCUUUUGGUUGUGUGUAUGUGUGUGUGUGUGUUUACUUAUUUCAUUCUUGAUCCAAUAUAGAUCUUUUACCAUACUUUCAUGAUACAGUAUCAUUAUUAUUAAUAACGUUAAUACAAUAAUUGCAACCCGUUGAUUUUUUCUCUCUGUUGUCAGAAAAUCUUAUCACUUUCAGGUCGUUUGUGUGUGUGUGUGUGUGUAUGCAUGUGUUUACUUCUGUCUUUCAAAUAGAGUAACUGUAUUUUGGCACUCUACUAAUCUCAUUCUUUCUGUUGGAGCACAUGCACUUGGUAUUUCACAACACUCUUUCCCCUCCCCCUACAUAAUCUAUACCAUCAUCGUCUUUGUAGACAUGUAUCUAGAGGAUAGUUGUUUGAAGAGUGUGGAGGUUCGCUUGAUCUUCUGAAAACAUUCUUUGUGUGUGUGUACAUGUAUGUGUGUUUGUAAUUUUCUUGGGACAGUUUCAUCUGACUAAUUAUAUUCCACUUAUUUUCUUUUGGGAGGGGGGAGGGAAUAAAUUUUGUACAAUUAUGUCUACUGUUGCUGUGGCUGCUGCGGGUGCUGUUGUCAGCCUUGAAAAGGAGUUGAUUUACCAGUGUUGAAUAUUUUGAUCAUAUGCUGAUAUAAUUAAUUAUCCUAGUUUCCAUAGUCAAGAUUGAUCAGUAGUGAUUUUUUUCUUACUGAUUACUCGAUUCACUUCGUCAUCAUCAUCAUCAUCAUCGUCAUCCUCCCUUGGCUACAUUCAAGAAGACAGUUCCCUGUUCUAAAUUCUCAUCUAAUUCAUCACUCUUUAAUGGAUUAUGUCUAUCAAUUUUAACAUUAUCCUUGAUCAUCAUAUUGAAUAUUGAAACCUUGAAGAUAACCUUGACAACACAAUUGAAGCAAAAGAAGUGAUUGUUUAUUUCAAUGUUGUUGUGUUUUUUUAAUGUAUCCAUGAAAGACUGAAUUUAAACUGACUGUCAAUAAUCAUUUGAUAAAAAUCAGCUUUAGACGAACGAACAUUCCAGGAUCCUGGUAGUGACUACACCUGGUCAAUUGAAACCAAACGAUUGGCGCGUUCAUUGCUCAUUCUCACCUAGACAUGUAUGUCUGAGUGAACCCGAUUUGUUUGUUUGUUUCUUCACAUAGCUUUAACAGGAGUUCUGUGCUAUGAAGGCAAGCAACAAAUCGAAAUAUGUAUUAGUAGUAGUAGUAACAAAAGUAGUAGUACCUUAACUUUUACCCUUUGUUCGUCUUCUUCUUCGAUUCUCUUCCCAUGUUUUCUCUAUUGUGUGGGCCAUUCAUUCAACCCAUCUACACUACACUCUGUUGACUUUGGUUUUCUAGUUCACCUUCUGCUCUCUCUCUCCCUCUCUCUUUUAUUUCCUGUCAGUUUACAUGUGUUCUUUUUAAACACUCUUACCUUUUAACAUAGAUUUCUUUACAGUAAAAAUUUCCAUUCACAAUGACUGUAAUAUUAAAUAUGGUUUGCUGGUCAGUUAUUUCUGGGUAGUAGAUUCAUCUCUAGUUUAUCCGACUUUCAUUAUUUACUUCUUUGGACCACUCUCGAGCACACUGUCUUUUCAAGAAGACACUCAGUACUAUUUUUUAACCAUUAAUAAUAACUUCAUAUUACAUACACUGAGGUCAUGUUGAUUCACUUGUAGUAAUUUAUAUAUACUUAAAUAUAUUUAGAUUGUAAAUCUUUGUGGUAUGUAGUGGCUGCCGUUUAUUAUCUACUACAAAAACCAUUAUCAGCCAGUGAGGUAACUAUCAUUCUAUUUGUUUCUGCGUAUCCCUCCACGUAUGUGUGUGUAUGCGUGCAAUUGUGUGAGACAAGUGGAUAAAGACAAAGCAAACUGUUGUACCUUUUUAACCAUCCACCUCUCUUUCUCUACAUAUACUUUUCAUCUAUUUUACUCUCUUCUUCUCUCAUUUCAAUCUGCUCAAUGAAAUUAAAAAAAUAAACGUGAUGGAGGAGGAGAGAAUCUCUUCACAGAACUAUCUUUGUAGUAAUUAAUUGUAUCUUGUUUGAUUUUCUCUCAUUUUGUUAGAAAAACUUUUAAAAAAAACGGAACAAAAUAUUUUGAUCGAGUUU